GUUGUGGAUGGUAAACCGCGCAUGCGCACUUAGUCCUCCCUCUUUGCUUUCGUACCUCUUGAGCUAAAAUGGCCAAACGCACCAAGAAGGUGGGAAUUGUUGGGAAAUACGGUACCCGUUAUGGUGCCUCCCUUAGGAAGAUGGUGAAAAAGAUUGAGAUCAGCCAACAUGCCAAGUACACCUGCUCCUUCUGUGGCAAGACUAAGAUGAAGAGACGAGCUGUUGGCAUCUGGCACUGUGGGUCCUGCAUGAAAACUGUAGCUGGAGGUGCCUGGACAUACAACACAACAUCUGCUGUCACAGUCAAGUCUGCCAUCAAGAGACUGAAGGAGAUGAAGGACCAGUAAACUGGGACUUUGUUUUUGUACAGAUUAAAACCACCUUGUCUCGGACUCUGCGUUUUCAGCAUGGCUCUUUAGGCCUGCAAUAAACUUAAGUCUUGAGUGGGA